AUGCUAUUCUCGUUGGAGAGGAAUCGCGCCAUGUUUCGAAAAGUUUUUCCCACGGCAUUUUUCGAGCAGUUCAUCGACAUUGGUCAUUAUGUGCAAGAUCUCUCCGCUUACCGUCCUUUGGUCACCGAGUACAAUAAAAUCAUUAGCUCAUCCUCCGUAGUUGAACUGAACACCUGUUGGGAGUCUGUGAAUCAAAAGCGCGAUCCAAUCGGUAAAGUGGCUGACUAUGAACUGCUUGAACAGCUCGGUGCUGGUGCUUUCGGCUGUGUCUACACGGCUCGAAAAGCUGGUACAACGGCUAGUAAUGGUGUAGCACAAUAUUAUGCUUUAAAAGAGAUUUUUAUGGUACAACUGGCUAGUGAGGACAAUGACAAAAGCUUUGGAGAUGUCAUAAGCGAAGUGAAAAUAAUAAAGCAGCAACUGAGACAUCCAAAUAUUGUUCGAUACCGGAGGAUUUUUGUAGAAAAUCAUCGUCUUUACAUUCUCAUGGAUCUCAUCGAAGGCACUUCGUUGAAAGAACACAUCAACUCAGUUAGAGAGAAACGGCAGACGUUCCCAGAAGAUCGCAUAUGGAACAUGGUUAUCCAGACUACCCUCGCCUUACGCUAUCUACACAAAGACAAGCAGAUAGUUCACAGGGAUCUGAAGCCGAACAACAUCAUGAUUGCAGAAAACGACCGGGUUGUUAUAACGGACUUUGGGUUGGCAAAGAAGCGAGGUAGCGACUAUCUGAAAUCCGCAGCUGGCACAAUAAUCUACAGCUGUCCCGAAAUCGUGCAAAAUAUGGUUUACGGUGAAAAAGCGGAUGUGUGGUCGUUUGGUUGCUGCGUCUAUGAAAUGGCUGCUCUCCAUCCGCCUUUCUACUCACAAAAUAUGCUGGCGCUAGCUACCCAGAUAGUGGAAGGAAGAUAUGAACCACUGAGUAGUGAUCGAAGCAGGUAA